UGAACUAAAGUAGCACGUCGCGUCGUUGGCGCUUGGCAGGGGGGGAGCUCUUAGAUCACAGAACAGUGAACACUUUUACUCUAGCUGCUUAUCAUCGAAAGAAAUAUAUCGUAAACAAUAAAGAUACACCAAGAACUUCUUUCGAUAUGGCAACAGAAGUGGAGGAAACCAUUAAGAGAAUUCAAGCACAUAAAGGUGUCAUAGGUGUGAUCAUAGUGAAUCAUGAAGGUAUUCCAAUUAAAAGCUCAUUAGACAAUGCUACAUCUGUAUUGUAUGCUGGAUUAAUUGGGCAGCUCACUGAAAAAGCAAGAAAUGUAGUUCGUGAAAUGGAUACUUCAAAUGAGUUUACAUUUCUCAGAGUUCGAAGUCGGAGACAUGAAAUAUUGAUUGCACCUGAUCGUGAAUUUAUACUUAUUGUCAUUCAAAACACUUCAGACUAGUCGACAACUAUAAGCCUAAUUUUAAAUUCUAGAAAUAAGUAAAACUAGUUAUUGACAAAUCUAUUUAUUUAAAGUUUUUCGUAGUACCAUAUUUUUUUACAUAAUCAUACCUUCAUUCAAGAAAUAUCUCGACCAGCGGAUUCAUCAGUCUUAGGCUGAUGGGCGUAGAAUUAAUGUAUCAGCUUAGACCAUUUCGUGAUAGUUAGGUGAUACAGUCACAUGGGCAGAUGUAGUGUAGUGUUUCUACAGGGGACUGUUUUAAAGAACUAAUAAAAUACUCGUUUUAAUAAGAAGCAUUUUAUUGAUUUUGCUGUGAAAAUUUAAUGAUUGUAAUAGCUAAGCUUAGUGCUUUCUUGUCUUAUUUAAUAUGCAAUUGCUUUGCCUAACAUAAUUAAAUAAUAUCUGGACGACCGAGCCUUGCUCGGAAUUUUAAGAAUGUACAAAACUUGAAAAUAAAAAAUACUAUAGGACAUCUGGAUUCGAACCAGGGUCUUCUGCUUUCCAGAUCACCCAAUGUCCCAUCUGAGCUAUUAUAGUCUUGUGUAUAUAUAUAAAACACGGAUAAAUUACAUUUUUUAAUAUUGAAACCUGAAAGCUAGGUCGAAUUCUCGCCACCGAAACUACCUGUAUACUAAAUUUUAUUAAAAUCGUUGGAGCCGUUUCCGAGAUUCAGAAUAUAUAUAUACAAGAAUUGCUCAUUUAAAGAUAUUAGAUAUGAUCACAGCUUGAAAAUUUUAUAAAUUCACCUAGUGUUCAUAAAGACUAACUUGUGGUCAAACUACUGUACCAUCCUAGAGAUUAUGUUAUUAUUCUAAAUACCAUACUGUAAAAUUACACAUAGAUAAUUAUUAUAAAUUCUAUUUAUUACGAAAUAAAAUCAUUAACAUACAAA